AUGGACUAUGAUAUAGACAAGACUGUGAUCUGUAGUGAGAGUAGGGAGCAGAAAAAGGAAGCAUCUAUCAAAUAUCUCAAUGUCCUUGAGAAAAUGAGACAUGUAGAGCUUGAGUUACAUCAAGCUGCUGAGGCUCAGCAAAGGCACAAAACUGAUCUAAAAUUACACAAAGUAAUAUCUUUUUUUUUUUUAUGGUUUGAUGCAUCUGUUGAAUUGUAGACAUACAGUGUGUCACUUAUGUAUAUUUUUUUCUUGCAGGAUGCCUUUGUGGAGUCACUUAAUGACUCUCUGUUUAGGAGCAUUUUUAAAGAUGAUCCAGAAGCUAAAACACUGCACUGUGUGGAUUCUUUGAUUCAAACAUUUGAGCAGCAAAUGGGGGAGCUGUGUACACAGUUAUUUGAAAUACCUGAGCACAAAUGAAGGGAGGCCAAGGUGAACUGUUUCUUCAGUGGAAGAGGCUGGCAGAAGGCCUCACAAAUGUUAACAAAGUUUAAUGAGGAACACAGAGAGAGGCCAGGAGAACUGAAGCAAUUAUCAGACCCAGAUGUACACAAGGUCAAAAUCAACCACUGUGAUGAAAUUAACCAGGUCUGUAAAAGCCUCAUGACACUGGAAUUUCAGCUGGUCAGGGAGCUGGAGAAGAUGAUCAAUACUUUUGACACCAGCUUCUCAGACGUGGUUGGACACUUCAGUCAAACUGCACAGGGACAUUUUCUCAAUGUUGAAAAUCUGGAGGAUAAUUAUUAUCAGGAGAUGCAAAAAGCUGCUGCUGCAAUCAGGGAGAAAGUGGCCAACAACACCCUGACAGAGGAUGUGCCAGAUGAUGUUAUAAUGCUGUUUGAAACCAGAGAUGCAGUAAUGGAUGGCCAUGAUAACCACCUGCUGAAGAUCAAUGAAGAGACUCAGCUGAUUACAGGCCUCAGUGCCUGGAAGAAGAAUCUCAUUAACGAGAUACAAGAUACGGAACUUAAGCAAAACUGCACAAACAUCUCAGACAUCCACAGAUAGAUGGACUAUUUGAGGGAGCAGCUGAAGAAGCUGACAUAG